CGACCCUGAAGCUCGGAUAGGGGGACAUCCGACGUGAAGAUGCGGUUCAGAAUGGAACCGUCGAGCUCCGGGGUAAAGGACCAAGUGUCCCGCAUCUCGGCUGCAUGCUUGGACUGCUGCCUUAGAAGGGCGUCCAAGUUCGUAAGUGACCAUGGGUCCGUACUGCAACAGUCCAUUGACCACGCCGCUGAGGCGUUCAUUGCUUCCAUUCACUCGGCAGUUAUGAAGAAGGCCGAGCUGGAUGGAAGGGAGAUCUUGGCAGCUAGGGAGAGUGUGAAUUCCUCUGCUGCCUUGGAGGCUGCCACCACAAUGAAUGGCGAGCUACUGAAAGCUCGCUCCGAAGUGGAGACUUUGAAGGCCGAGGUGUAGGCCAAUGGUCAACUGCUGAAAAGAGAAGGAAAAAAGCACAAGGCCCACCUUCGAGCUGCUCAUGCCAUCACAAAGGGGUUGGAG